AUGGCAGCGAUAUCCGGACACAGUUCACAGCCUACUUUCUGUUUGUUUGCAGGGGCUGGUGAGUCUGGGAAAAGCACUAUCGUCAAACAGAUGAGGAUCCUGCACGUCAAUGGGUUUAAUCCCGAGGAAAAGAAACAGAAAAUUCUGGACAUCCGGAAAAAUGUUAAAGAUGCUAUCGUGACAAUUGUUUCAGCAAUGAGUACUAUAAUACCUCCAGUUCCGCUGGCCAACCCUGAAAACCAGUUUCGAUCAGACUACAUCAAGAGCAUAGCCCCUAUCACUGACUUUGAAUAUUCCCAGGAAUUCUUUGACCAUGUGAAAAAGCUUUGGGACGAUGAAGGAGUGAAGGCAUGCUUUGAGAGAUCCAAUGAAUACCAGCUGAUUGACUGUGCGCAAUACUUCCUGGAAAGAAUCGACAGCGUCAGCUUGGUUGACUACACACCCACAGACCAGGACCUCCUCAGAUGCAGAGUUCUGACAUCUGGGAUUUUUGAGACACGAUUCCAAGUGGACAAAGUAAACUUUCACAUGUUUGACGUUGGCGGCCAGAGGGAUGAGAGGAGAAAAUGGAUCCAGUGCUUUAAUGAUGUCACGGCUAUCAUUUACGUCGCAGCCUGCAGUAGCUACAACAUGGUGAUUCGAGAAGAUAACAACACCAACAGGCUGAGAGAGUCCCUCGAUCUUUUUGAAAGCAUCUGGAACAACAGGUGGUUACGGACCAUUUCUAUCAUCUUGUUCUUGAACAAACAAGAUAUGCUGGCAGAAAAAGUCUUGGCAGGGAAAUCAAAAAUUGAAGACUAUUUCCCAGAAUAUGCAAAUUAUACCGUUCCUGAAGACGCCCGUGCUGGCAGCAGCCACGCUUACCUGCUCCUAUCUCUAGCCUUGCUGUGGCUGCAGCCUUGGGGAUUUCCAAGGAUCAGCACGGCCACCGGCGAAGGCAAACAUUACUGCUACCCGCACUUCACCUGCGCCGUGGACACAGAGAACAUCCGCAGGGUGUUCAACGACUGCCGCGACAUCAUCCAGCGGAUGCACCUCAAGCAGUACGAGCUCUUGUGAGGCUGCUGCUGCCACCCCGCGAUGGAGCGGCGCCCCAGACCGCCUGACUGCCAGCCCCAUGCCAUGGUAGGAGGCAGGGUCUCUAGUUCCAUCUCGCUGCCGUCUGUCCCGUUCUGUGUCGACCACCAAGCCUCUGGCUACCUCUGUCCCCUCAGGUUUGGUUGUGUAGCUUCUGUUGUCAGUGAAUACGACCUUCCGCAGCAUCCCACCCCCAAACCACCGACUCUCAUUGCUGACACUGCAGCAGAAUCUCUCCGGGUGGGAGCCCCUUUAUUCAUUCUCCCUUUAUUGAUUCAUCGAGGAGAACUUGGUAGAUGGGGAGAAAACGCAGUUUGCUUUUUUUCCCACGUUGUCAAGCGCGACCGCAAGAGCGUACGUGCAGUGUCCUGAGCCGCGGCCCUCUCUGAUUUUCCCUUUAUGAAGCUGCAGGUUGACGAGCGAUGGUCCCUUCCCAUCGGCCUUAGCCCUAGACUUAGAGUCGACCCCAAGCGACAGAGUGACCAGAAACCCUUUUACAGUCACAUUCAGAGUCGCUGCUGGCCUCAGGCAUUUGAAUUAGAGCUACUUUGAGCCUCUUACAUUUAGGCAGAAAACCUACCAUAUUCACUACUGCAAACUCUGUCUUGUGUAAAAAUGAUUCUCUAAACUUUCACUAUACUUAGGCAUAGUCUUCUUUCUCAGAUUCUCUUUGUUGUUGUCCCUAUUGCUGGUUUAUUAUACUGUACAGACCACAAAAUAUAAUAUUCUUUUGUAUAACUACUAAAGAAAAAUCCUUGUAGAUCUUUGUGCCUU